AUGGAUAUAGACGGUGCCAGUUCAGUGGUGCUGAAGACCUUAACUCAAGCAACCAGUCAGGACACAGCUGUGCUGAAGCCUGCGGAGGAGCAGCUCCGACAGUGGGAGACACAGCCGGGCUUCUAUUCAGUCCUUCUGAACAUCUUCAAUAACCACAUGCUGGAUGUGAAUGUCAGGUGGCUCGCAGUGCUUUACUUCAAAAACGGCAUUGACAGAUACUGGAGGAGGGUGGCCCCCCAUGCUUUAUCAGAGGAGGAGAAGACCACUUUACGUGCUGGGCUCAUCACAAACUUCAACGAGCCUGUCAAUCAGAUAGCAACCCAGAUCGCGGUGCUGAUAGCCAAGGUAGCCCGGCUAGACUGCCCCCGGCAAUGGCCGGAGCUCAUCCCCAUUCUGCUGGAGUCUGUCAAGGGCCAGGAUGGCCUGCAGCAACACAGAGCGCUGCUCACCUUCUAUCACGUUACCAAAACACUCUCGUCAAAACGUUUGGCACAGGACAGGCGGCUGUUUCAAGACCUGGCAUCGGGCAUUUACAGCUUUGCGUGUUCCCUGUGGAGCCACCACACGGACUGUUUCCUCCAGCAGAUCUGUGCCCGCGAUGAAACAACAGCGAUGGCAUCGCUAGAACGAACACUGCUGUCUCUUAAAGUACUGCGCAAGCUGACGGUCCACGGAUUCCAGGAACCACAGCAGAAUAUGGAAGUGAUGGGUUUCCUGAAUGCAGUGUUUGAAAGGCUAAAACAGUUCCUGGAAUGCUGUCGACAAAUUGGUCCAGGCAGUACAUGCAGAGAAAAGCUGGAAAAGACAAUCAUACUCUACACUAAAGUUUUGUUGGAUUUCUUGGAGUACCAUCCCUGUGCAUUUAUACCUCUAAUCCAGCGCUCACUGGAAUUUUCUGUGAGCUACGUGUUCACGCCUGCCGGAGAAGGCAUCACUUUUGAGCGCUUCAUUGUCCAGUGCAUGAACCUCACCAAGAUUAUUGUUAAAAACGACGCUUACAAACCUGCCAAGAACAUUGAAGACAGUAAACCAGAGAGUUUAGAGGCUCACAAGAUUAAGACGGCUUUUUUCACACACCCCACCCUGACUGAGAUCGGACGCCGGCUUGUCUCCCACUAUUUCCUCCUUACAAAGGAGGAGCUUGCCAUGUGGGAAGAGGAUCCCGAGAGUUUUGCUGUUGAAGAAACAGGAGGUGACUCUUGGAAAUACAGUUUGCGGCCCUGUACAGAAGUUUUAUUCUUGGAUAUCUUCCACAACUACAGCCAGACCUUGACACCGGUGCUCCUGGAUAUGGUUCAGAAUCUCCAGGGGCCAACCAAUGUAGAAGAUCCUGUUCAGUUGCUAAUGAAAGACGCAGUAUACAACGCAGUGGGACUGGCUGCCUUUGAGCUAUUUGACAACGUUGACUUUGACCAGUGGUUCAAGAAUCAGCUUCUCGGGGAACUACAAGUCAGCGAUCACAGGUACAAGCUGAUUCGACGAAGAGUCAUUUGGCUAAUAGGCCAGUGGAUAUCAGUCAAAUUUAGAUCUGACCUUCGCCCUUUGCUCUACGAGGUCAUCCUCAGUCUCAUGCAGGAUUCUGACUUGGUGGUGCGGAUUGAGACAGCCACCACUCUGAAGCUCACUGUCGAUGACUUUGAGUUCCGGACAGAGCAGUUCCUCCCUUACUUGGAAUCCAUCUUUGGGCUCCUCUUCCAGCUGUUGCAGCAGGUGACGGAGUGUGACACCAAAAUGCAGGUGCUUCAUGUCAUCUCCUGUGUGAUUGAAAGAGUAAACAUACAGAUCCGACCUUAUGCAGGCUGCCUAGUGCAGUAUCUGCCCCUGCUUUGGAAGCAAUCUGAGGACCACAACAUGCUGAGAUGUGCCAUACUCACCACUCUUAUUCAUCUUGUGCAGGGCCUUGGUGCAGAGAGCAAGAAUCUGUACCCCUUCCUUCUUCCUGUCAUCCAGCUAAGCACAGAUGUUUCCCAGCCACCUCAUGUGUAUUUGUUGGAGGAUGGACUGGAGCUUUGGUACGUGACUUUGGAGAACAGUCCAGCCAUCACCCACGAGCUGCUAAGAAUUUUCCAGAACAUGUCAGCUCUACUGGAGUUGAGCUCGGAGAACCUACGCACAUGCUUCCAGAUCGUGAAUGCCUACCUAUACCUGUCUCCAACAGAGUUCCUACAGAACUAUGCUGAAUCCUUGUGUAAGUCUUUCUGCGAUCUGCUUAAAGACAUCACGAAUGAGGGCCAGGUCCAAGUGCUCAAGGUGGUAGAAAUAGCAUUAAAGGUUAGCCCCAUAAUCGGAGCUCACAUGUUCCAGCCACUUUUGCAAGGCGUCCUCACAGGUGUAGUGAAUGGCGAGAGAUACCCAGUGGUGAUGUCCACAUACCUUGGCAUCAUUGGGCGCAUCCUUUUGCAAAACUCAAGCUUCUUCUCAUCUCUGCUCACUCAGUUGGCCACCGAAUGUGGCCAGGAGAUUGACCAAUUGUUUGGUAGUGUGAUUGAGAUGUGGGUGGACCGCUUGGACAACAUCACGCAGCCGGAAAGGAAGAAGCUUUCCUCUCUGGCCCUGCUUUCCCUCUUACCAUCUGACAGCAGUUUGAUCCAGGACAAGUUUUGUGGCAUUAUCAACAUCUGUGUGGAGACUUUGCAUGACGUGAUGACCGAAGAUCCUGAGACGAGCACCUACAAAGACUGCAUGCUGAUGAGCCACUUUGAGGAGCCCAAGCUGAGUGACGAUGAGGAGCCGCCGACUGAGCAGGACAAGAGGAAGAAACUAUUGGCCUUGGAGGACCCUGUGCACACUGUCUCGCUCCAGCAGUUCGUCUACGAGAAACUGAAGGCUCAGCAGAUCCUCCUUGGUGACCAGGGCUUCAGCAGUCUCAUGGAAAGUGUGGACACAGAGCUUGUAAGACAGCUCCAAGAGUUCCUGCAGGGCUUCUGA